AUGGACAAGAAGCAGGAAGAAAGCGUUCCGGAAGAAAGCGCUCCUAAAAGCAGUGCGGAAAAUUCCGAGAUGGGAAGCAGCAUCCCAAGUGUGGUGCCAGAUCUUCGAGAAGGCCUGGAAAGUGCACAUCUGCGAGAGCCACCAGCCCGCGGAUCCUCUGACAUAGUAUCGAGUAUGGAAAACCCUCUGGUGGGUACUGCAGAGUCUUUACAGAAGUGUGGAACUUCCAGUAUGGAAAGAUCUCUGGCUGGUACUGCAGAGUCUGCGCAGAAGUCUGGGACUUCCAAAGAGUCAGUGACAUCAAAACCUGAAAAGAGCGGUCUAUCAAUGGAGAGCACGUCCGUAGCCGGAACCAAAAGCGAAGUAUCAGAACCUGCUAAAGGCACGGAGCCGAGCAAAUCACCCGGGUUCUCUGAAGUUUCAGUCGAGAUACCUACUGAAGAGAAAGGCAUCGAAAAGUCAGAGGAAGCGGAGAAAGAAGAGGAAGUGGAUUUUGAAAAGGAACGAAAAUCGACGCAAAAAUUUAUGGUUUUCAAGAUUCUACAAAUAGUGCUGGCUGCCACCAUGACCUUACAAGUGCUAACAAUUUCGGGCUAUUUUGUUUUCGUAUUAUUUUUCUACGUAGUUAUAGCUGUCGAAGAAACACCGGAAAUGACAAUCUCGCAUAUCUCAAGCCGGAAGUCGGUCGAAAAUAACUUUAUGAGAGUUUGA